AUGUUUUUAUUUGGUAAACAAAAAACUCCAAAGGAGGUAUUAAGAGAAAAUCAAAGAAACUUAAAUAAAUCAAUGAGAGAAAUUGAUCGUGAAAGAGUAGCUCUUCAGAAUCAAGAAAAAAAAAUUAUAUUAGAUAUUAAGAAAAUGGCUAAACAAGGUCAAAUGAACUCUGCAAAAAUUAUGGCAAAAGAUUUAGUUAGAACCAGAUAUCAUAUACAAAAGUUUUAUGAAAUGAAAACACAAUUACAAGCUGUUAGUCUUAGAAUCCAAACAUUACAAUCAACACAAGCAAUGGCAGAAGCAAUGAAAGGUGUUACAAAAGCAAUGAUUACAAUGAAUAGACAAAUGAAUUUACCACAAUUUACAAAGAUUAUGAUGGAAUUUGAACAACAAUCAGAUAAAAUGGAUAUGAAAGAGGAAAUGAUGAAUGACACAAUGGAUCAAGUUAUGGAACAAGAUGGUGAGGAAGAACAAUCACAAGAAAUUUUAAAUCAAGUUUUGGAUGAAAUUGGUAUUGAUUUGGCUUCACAAUUAGUAGAUGCACCAACUACUGUUGGUACAUCUGUAGCCUCAAAACAUCAAGUUAAUUCUGGUUAA